AUGAAUUCAAAUACUAGCGAAGCAUCUUUUGGCAAUAUUCAGAUAUUUGAUUCUGUAAUAAACCAGCUAAAUAAUGAAGUAGGACAAGCAGUUACCUCUGGUGAUACAUCUAUAUCUGUAAAACAAGAUGAUGACAUGAUUUCAGAGGAAUCGCUUGAUGAAAAUCAUAUCGUAGAACAAGGCUUAAUACAUGAAUUAUGUUCAUCCAUAUUACCUGAAUAUAAUAUUAACUCUACUAAUAUUACUGACCCUUACGUUAGUUUAGAGAAUAUAGUUUUGG